CUUCACCUACAUUUCUCGAACGCUGUCUCUGUUUUUUCAACUCUUCCUUAAUAAACAAACAAACACUGCACCAAACACACACACAACACAACACAUAUUCUUCAAAUUCAAACCUCUAUUCGAUUCGAAUCCCUAUAUUUAUCUCCAUGAAUCCACGUUCUCUAACGUUUAACCGGCGAUCCUGCGACGGCGCCGUCAGAGUUCCUUCGUCGUCGAACUCCUCCUCCUCCUCCUCCUACUACAGGUCCAUGCAGACCUUCCCGCCGGAGAGGCACACCGACCUCGUUCGCAGCAGAGGAGGCCUAAUCACUGUCCCCAGAAGAAUUUCUCCGGCACCGGAGACUGGUGGUGGGUCACAAUCUCCUAGGCUGACGAAGUUGCUGCUAAACGUGACGAUCGAGAGGAGCUUGGGGCCGAUACAUGUGGUAAUAUCGCCGGAGAACAAGGUCCGGGAUUUGACGAAGACGGCGCUUGAGAUUUACGCGAGGGAGAAGAGGAGGCCUUUGCUGCCGGAGACUGAUCCACACUGUUUCGAGCUUCACUACUCCCAGUUCAGCUUGGAGAGUUUGAAGCCGGAGGAGAAGUUGAUAAACUUGGGUUCUAGGAAUUUCUUUUUGUGCUAUAGGCCUUCUACCUCUACGGGUUCAUCUUGCUCUAAGGAAGCAAAGAAGGCAAUUAACACUGCAUUUCCACUAACAAAGCUAAUGGAUUUCUUGUUGUAGAUCUAAGAUUUUUGAGUUAAUUAAUGAUAGCAUGUGUAUAUA